AUGGCUUUAUUUGGGUCAGCAACAUUGGAUAUGAUCUUGUUUAGCAUCUUCAUGAAUUCUUUGUUACCAGCAUUUAGCGAAGAAUAUCUUGAUGGCACGAAAAGUUUAAAGCGACAUUCAGGAAAUGGUUUGGCUUUUGCUAACUUUGCUGUUCACAAAUUUCGCCACUUAAACAUCACCCCCUUGGUCUCUGCUUCUGUGAAAAAUAUUAAAGACUGCGGAAGACUUUGUGUCGAUCAUUCAUCGUGUUUUUCCGUCAAUUUUGCGGCGUUCUUUCACGAGGAAGGACUAAUUUUAUGUGAGCUUCUACCAAGCGAUAAAUACAACAACUCAGACAAGUUUCUUGACAGCGUUGUGUUCCAUCAUUUAAGCAUAAAGGUAAGCUUAAAACGGCAAAAAUAAAAAAAAAAAGACAAAAAACAACAACUCAUGACAAAGUUACGUAAAUUUUAUUCAUUACAGAUUCCGUAUCAAUUUAAUAUCCGCUGUGAGGUUCAGUAUCUUAUUUCAUUAUUUUUAAAAGUUGACGAAAAAAAUGCAAGUUAUAUGUAGAUUAUCCUUUCAAUAUAACUCGAAAUGAUUGUAUAGCAUAAGCUUGGAAUACUUUCACGGGUUUAUAACCAAACAAUUCAACGACCUGCUCCCAGUUGGCUUAUUAGCUCAAUUGAUACGAGCGCUGCACCCGUAUCACAGAGGUCAAGAGUUCGAAUCCCAGUACAAGCCUGAACUUUUUUCAGGCUUUCUUUUCGCAACUGCAAAAGUUGCGUCUACAACUGCGAUGAUCCUCUUUCAUGUAAUUGAUUUUUUUUUUUAUUAUAAAUAACUUUGGAGCUAGUUAUUUAGAGGUAGUUAUUAUUCAAUGUAUUUUGGAUUACGCAAUCCGGCAAAUUCAAAUUACUCUUAAUAGUCAGUGAAUGGUCACGCUCUCCGUAAAGGAAUCUGAUUCAAGCAGAUUUAAGGGUAAAUAUGCCUGGAAAAAUCUUUUUGCUAUGUGUUACACAUUUAGUUUGGUUUGAUAUUCAGAGCUAAGAUAUCCAUGUUCUGGUAAAUCAAAAGGAGGGGCCAAUUUCCUUUUGAAGUUAAAACUUUUGCCCCUUUUUGUUGAAACUAAUUGGGCGGUGUCCCAGUUAGAAAUUUUUCGCAUUAUCAAAACAUGACUGCUUCCAACUGACAAAGUCAAUUUACUGCUUAGUUUCCAGUUAAAUAAUUUUAUUCAUGCCCGUGAGACGUCAUUAAUAUUUCAAAACUGCUUUUACAAUCGGGAGUAUAUGUUUUCUUAAUUUUGGGAAAGCACAUCUGUUAGGUCAAAUUUAGUUCUCAGGUGCCGGUUGUUCAGAGGGUAAAUAACACUAUCCACAAGAGAUAAAUAACUAUCCAAGGGGAAAGUAUUAGGAAAACCGAUCAUGCUAUCCAGUGGUUUUUCCGAUGGAUAGCGCUGGCCCUUGGUCUUAUCAUUCAAGAGGCAGAAUAAAUCCUUCUGUUUUCUCUAUAUAAAUUGUUAUCCGUUGCGAAAAACUGUAAGAAAAGAUGGCGGCCGAGCCAUUGAUAACGGAUCUCAUCCCGAGUUAGACAAUUUGAAGACAUGAGAACCUGCCAAAAGGCCUUUUCUUUAAUUUUUGCCCAAGCGAUUCUUUUUUUUUAAUUCUUUUUUUCUUUUUAACCACAGUUAUGGUGAUCCAGCAAAUUUCUAUCUUUCAAAAGAUGUGUGAUGGGAAACUCUCGAGGAAAAAAGUAGGGACAUUCAAAAAAUAGUUAAAGACUUAUUGGUAUUUAUUUAAAAUUUACUGUAAAACAGACUCCAUGCUCCAGUGACCCUUGCAUGAACAGUGGGACUUGUAUUGCAAAGUACGAAGAUGAUGAAUAUCACUGCGCAUGUGCUGAGGGAUUCCUCGGAAAAUAUUGUGAAGAAAAAGGUAUUUUAACUUCUGUUUCCAAAUGUUGCUUGUAAGUCUGGCCUCAGACUUUCUUGUCAGCAUCGAAAAUCACAACAGCGAAGGAAAGGAGAGGAAAAUAAAUAAAGGAAGGAGGAGAACAGAAAAGGCAAUAGGCCACUUCCUUAAAAACUCCCGGGUGGGGGGAGGGGGGGGAGUCCGUUUUCUACGGGAAGGCUCCGCCCCGAGGUCCAGCCCCUUACCCUUUAUAUAUCAUCUUUGACAGAAAAGGUGCUCCUUUCGUAUUCCGUUCACUGACAAAUGAUACCCCUUUCACAUACCUAGUUCUUUUAAUGCCAUGUUUUUAAAAUGUGAAUAAAUCACAAAACCAGAAAGUUUUCUCGACUUUUUCACCGUCAUAAAAUACAUGUUGUAAUCCUUCUGGGCCUUUUUACAGACCGAUUUGACAGAUUUCCCUUUCCUUUCAUAUAACUCAGGGCUAGUGAAAUCCCUCACCCUUUAAUAUACCUGAAGCCUGAAAAAGGUACCGAGUACUCCUCCGUUAAAAUGACUAUGACUAACAUAUCAUCAUAUUAUCAUAACCUCAAACUGGGUCCCGUUGGUAUGUUGGAGGUGGGGGGGGGGGGGGACCCUGUGAUGGUGGACCAGACGGCCAGACUGCUUCUCUACCUUUAUAUCUUACCCACAAAUACUCUACAAGUGUGAAAUUAUGCAAUCAGGCUGUAAGGUUGUGAAGGUCCCUACACUGACUACAAUUAAAAGUAAAGCGAGGGCGGGAUGAAUGAGAAGUAAGAUAGAUAUUCAAGUCAUUGGAGUAUGAAACCUUAUAGGGACCUUGAGAUACAACGGCGGCGAGUUAGCGACGGCAACGAAAACUUCAAAACAGCAAUAGGGUUAAUUAGCAAAACAACCACGUUGCACGUGCAGCACACUUUUUGUGUACAUUUCUUUAUCCUGCCGUCACCUGCACGACCUAAGACGUGAAAGUUUUGUGGAGGAUGGAAACAAGCAACAACAAAAUUUUCUUUCUCUUACUCUCUCUUGACUCCAGAAGAGUUCGCCUACAUUUGACAAAGAAAGUUAAUUGGAAUAACAACGAUGACGAAUUCACCUUUAAGCUAUCGCCGUUCUGGGAACUUAAGGUCCCUAAAACCCUAUAUCAAAACACUCUCGAUGAGGAAAAGUUUUGAAACCUUUUCUCAUUCUGAUUUUCCAUAUAAACUUGAAGUCACGUGAAAAUGUUUAAAAUUCAGUCAGGUUUGACUGUCAGGAUUGGAAGAAGCAAGGUGAUUUUUCCGAAGACGGUAUGUAUUGGUUAGACCCUGAUGGAGGAAGCCAUUCAAACGCGUUCCUGGCUUACUGUGACAUGACGUCAUACAAUGGAGGAUGGACCAUGUGUUACACAACUGAUGAAUUCACCAAACCCAAGACUGAAAUCACCUACAAUCCUGAGCUUCCUUAUGGAACGGAUGGGUACAGAACGAACUGCAACCAAAUUAAAGUAAGUGGAUUUAGUGAAUCUAUAAAGAAUCCAUUCUCAAGUUGGUGAAAUAAGAAGGUUUUUAUUGUUAGAGUAAUGACACAUUGGGCGUUACAUUGUUAAUGCUGCACCUCUAAACAAUAUUGUAACUUUACAUAUCAGUUAAACAAACUGGGAAAGAAUUCUUCACUCUUUACUCACCUAAUUAUAUAUCAAGUUUUUGAACAAAUUGUAUUCUUAUCUUCGCAGUUUUUAUAAUUACUUAUUCAAUUAAUUGCCCUGGGCGCUUAUGAAUUUUUGGACCUUGAGAGUGGGCGCUUAUUAAAUUUUCACCAUUUUCAGCAAGUGUAGUAUGCAUUUUUUGCAACAAAACAAUAAAUGAUCAUAACAAAACGCGAAGAUGUAACAAUACAAGGUUUCUGUAAAGUACUUUGAAGAAAACGGAUCCGUCUUGGUGGAAGUCUCUUAUUAGCACUUAUUAUUUCAUUUUUUGUGUGUGUCGGAGGGGGAAGGGGGUAGGGUGGGGGUAGGGGUGGGCACUUAUUGAGUUUGCGUUGGAAGGGGAGAGCUGUGAAGUGAGGCUGGGCCCUUAUUUAGCAAUUUUAAAAUGAAUGAGGCUGAGUAGGAUAUGAAGAAUUAAGCAGAUCGAGGAGGGUGUUAUCCACCGAGGCUGACGGCCGAGAUGGUUAACUCCCUCCGAGAUCUGCUUAAUUCUUCAUAUGCUACGAGAGCCAAAUUCGUUAAUUGCUUUAUUUAAAAUAAUUCCUAGAUUAAAAGCACAGCUAAAACAUGCUUACCUGCAUCGAUGUUCAGUUCAUAUUCGAUAGUGUACGUUUAGGUUUGUCCAGCCCCACAAAUAUUCUCCAAAUAGCUGAUGUCGCCCUCCGAAUUGUCUUCUUGCUGUUUUUGCUAUGUUUUUAGCCAUUAUUUCGCCUAGUUCCAGCUGUAGUUUUUACUCUUGAAACGAGUGAAGUGUCCGCCAUUUUAGUUUUCACAAAGAAAACAACUCAACCUCAGCUCCCCAGGUCUUCUCGGCUAACGGUGCAUUAACCUGUAGAGGGCUGCAUUUUUGACGUCAUUUCCUCGUUAAACACAACUGGUAACUGGUUAUGGUGAAUUAUGCGAGUGCCUCUAGCCAAUCAGAAUUGGGGACAUAUUUUGAACGAAUAAUAAUAACUUUUUCUGCCUUUAAGAUGGGGGCUUAUUCGAGGUGGGCGCUAAUUCGAGGUUGGGCGCUUAUUCGAAUAAAUACGGUACUUUGUUUUACGUUAUUAGAGUAUUCUAUUGAUUGUACUGUAUUGUUGUUUAGUUCAUCUAAUUCUUGGUUUGCAAAUACGUAACAAGGCGGCUAUGUUGGGGGUCAAUACAAUUGAAUUUUUUCUCGAAGAAUUUACAGUACAUGAAAAUAGAGUUUAGUUCCCAGAGGAGAGAAAUGUUUUUGUUCUUGACCAUUGACAUGGCCGCCGUGGUCUCACGUGUAAACCAGCAAUAGAUGAACCUUGUAUUGUAAAGAUGUCCUUCCUCCCCCGCCGCAAUUAGUUUAUAAGCUAUUCGUCGGUGGGAAAAUAAUGUUAUUAGUUAUAUGUUGAACCUCAAUAAAAUUUGUUGUUGUUGUUUGUUGUUGUGGUGGUGCAACUGUCAAAACAAUCUGUAUUCGUGGCCGAUUUCCCGAAAUCAUUGUGCUAAAGAAACCGUGCUGCACCUGUCAGGAGCCCAUAACUGAUCUAUUACUAAAUACUCCUACACUUAGGCUCAAUCGCGGUACCGUUUUUUUUUUCAGCCAGGAGUAAAGUUUGUUAUUCAUUGUUAUGACAGUUGUACCAUAACCGGCACAAGUAGCCUGUUCCAAGCUUUCAGAUCGUGGGAACGGGGCAGACGGCGCAAAGAGAUGUGUUGGCAGAAAAAAAAACUGCGAGGUGGUGUAGACGCAGCCUUCUCUCCUCGUUCCUCCCCGCUAAGGACUUUUCGCCAGGACUGAGACAGCUGUUUUAUGUGGCUAGAUAUCAUUUAGGUAAAGUUAAACUCGAGCGAGUUGGCCAGCGGUCUUCUCUCACUUCAGUAUGUGACCUACGGGGCGGCCCGCAGGGAAUUGCAGGGCUCCUUGUGUGCCCUUUUGCUAGUGUUGCUUUGCAUUGUAGCUUGCUGAUCGUAGCGGAUGAAUUUUUGCCUUCUUGCGAAUCAUUGCGGAUUCUUGCUCCCUCUCCUCCCUCUCUGCCUGGUGGUUUGGUAAAUCAUCAGUUUUCUCAGGUAAGUAUUCUCUUAGGUAAGUAUCUCCACUGAAUUUAUUCAGUGUGACGGUGCCGGUUAGUGGCCGCUCUUGGGGUGGUUCCCGCUUCCAGGGUUUCCAUGGAUACCUCCUCUCUGCCUAUUUCAUUUGGCCCCCCACUAACCUUCAAGGCACCUGCUCCCAAGCUCAUUAUUAGCGGUGAGUUUAACGCAGGCUUGAGUUGCACCACUGCUCGCGCGCGUAAAGAGUUCUUUCUCAGUUUGUUUAAUUGAUAUUUCAUCUUCGAAUUUUGUUUAAGAGCAGCAUGCAAAGCAUUCCAUUUUGUGGUGAACCUUCAAAAAUUUAGAUUGUUAUCUUGAAGUUAGAAUAUCCCUAUCUUCCGGGAGGGAUACUCCUGGAAAUUCUUGGGUUGGGUGUGCCGCCCGGUUCUUCAAAUCCUGACCCUAUUUCAGACCAAAAAAUGUCAUUUUCAGUCCUGGCGUCUAAAAUCCAUACCCGUUUUCAGACCUGGAGGUGGUCACAAAACGCAACAUAACAUUUUUAGAUAAAACAGAAAUUAUGUCGUCAUUGCUGAGAUUAAAACAGCAACAAAAAGAUUUCUUAAAAUCCAUUUCGAAUUCGUGUAUUACACUUUCUUUCUCAUUCAUGUGGAAUUGAAACGACGAACACAUUGAUACACAACCGUAGUUCCUUCGUAAAGUUAUUUGAGUUAGUUCAUUGAAAUAUUUUUGUUUUCUAACUUGCAUGCUAGAGAGAGAUCUUUACGUUUCAACUGAAACUGCAUGCGUUUUGCCUUUCUGCCGGACAAAAUCGAACUAAGCACGUCGAUUGAGUUAGAUUGGUUCGAUGCAGUUCGGUAAUCCGGAGAACUCACCGAAAAGUUUCAGUUCGAUUUUGUUCGAUCACCGACUUAAUCGAACAAAGAUCCGACUGAUAGUGCCCAAAAGAGAACCAAAACAACCAUUUUUGAAUAAACUUAACAUUCCUUAUCACUCAUUCAAAAUAUUUUCCCGAUUCUGAUUGGCUAAAAGCACACGCAUAAUUCACCAUAACCAGCUACUGAUGACCAAAUUUGGAAGAAUUUUGCGAUUAAUCAACCGAUGACGUCAAAAGUGCAGCUUCCUUGCGGGUUAAUGCACCGUUAACCGAGAAGACCUGGGGACGAGGUUGAGUUGUUUUGGUUAUGAAAACAAAAAUGGCGGACAUUUCAUUCGUUUCAAGAGUAAGAACUAGGCUAAAAAAUAGCCAAAAACAUGGCAAGAGCAAGAAGACAACUCGAACGGCGACAUCUGCUAUUUGGAGAAUAUUUGCGGAGCUGUACAACCCUAAACGUGCACUAUGAGUCUGUCGAAGAUGAACUUAACAUCGAUGGUGGUGCGCAUGUUUUAGCUAUGUUUUUAAACAAGGAAUUGUUUUGAAUGAAUAAUAAAACAAUUAUUCAAUUGGGCGUUUGUAUCAUGUGAAGAAUUAUGGAGAUCUCGAAAGGGUGUUAUCCGCCUCGGCCUACGGCCUCGAUGGAUACACCCACCUCGAUCUCCAUAAUUCUUCAUAAGAUACUCAGCCUCAUUCAUUAAUUGUUAAUUAAUCAUUUCUGUUUUUUUCCCCAAGUUUACUGAAAUUAUCUUUAUUGAUCACCAAACUGGGAAUAAGUCCUACUUCACAAAAGCAGGCGUUGGAAAGAUAAAGGCCGAUGGUAACUAUGGCAACAAAGCUGAUACCUAUGGAUUAUGGCACGGCUUCGGAUCAAUGAAUGAUGAUUACGAGUAUCAACUGUUGAUUUGUGAUGAUGAAUUUUACUCUGGUUUCCUCGUGUCUGGUCACCGCAAAAUAAUAGUAUCUGAACCAGGUUGUUACAAGGAAUGCAGUGAUUGGUGUGGUGAUUUCAAUUCGCCGUACUUUCGCACAGCCGCUAAUGGUUCAGUUGGUAAUGGCGUCGCGUUCAACACCAACGGACACCAGUCAUUAGCCAAUCGACUGAUCAGUGUUGGGCUGCGAUAA